UAAAACAAUACUCUCCUUCACAGUUGCUUUUCAACUUGUAGCACUUUCUUUACAGUCUCAAUAUAUCCAGGACGAUUUAUUGGCCUUUCCUCGUUACAAUGUUGUCUUGACCCAUGAUAAAGUGUCUUCUUCCCAUCUAGCACAGACCAAUGUAGAGGUUGCUUCAAACAGUAUUGUCAUGAUCUCUUCUUUAGGGCAACCCUUUUCAUGCCUUAUUCCUGAUGUUCAGGUAGAACAAGAACGCUUAGCAAGAGAAAGACAAGAAGCAAGACAAGAAACAGCACAAGAACAGCAAGAGACGAUUGCAAGAGGACUCAAACUAUUAGAACCUCUGGAAGCCAACUGCAUUCGUUUCUUUACUAGUUCGCAUCAAUACUGGGCUUAUGAAUACUGUCAUCAACAAUACGUACGUCAAUUUCAUGUGGAGCGUACUCAUGAUGGCAAAGUAGAAAAAGAACAAGAAACAGCUUCUUUUUAUUUAGGUCAUUACCCAGCUCAACCUGAUCAGUCAUCAGCCCCUACUGAACUUAAAAGUAAAGGUGAUCAACGGUAUUUAGUACAGACAUGGAAAGACGGGUCUGAAUGUGAUUUAACAGAAAGACCUCGUACCAUUGAAGUACAGUAUCACUGUGAUGUACAAGGUCAAGAUCAUGUCUCUAGUUUUGUUGAGUUAUCUACUUGUCAUUACCAGAUUGUGAUAUCUACACCUCGUCUAUGUGAAGAAAUGAGUUUAUCUCGUCGUCAUCAUACUGAACCUCAUCAGAUUACGUGUCGACCUAUUGUCUCUGAGCAUUUGCUUGAGCAGGACAAACAAAAACAAGAGCAAGAGAAAUUAACAGUAGAACAACAAAAGGAAAGUGAAGUGCUUCCUCUUAAAGAAGAAGAAAAAGAAGAGGAUUUAUUAAGCAUGAUAUCAGAUCUCAAACAACAAGUCAAUCAAUUAAAACAACAAUUGGAUCAAACAAAGCCUGAAGUUGCUUAUUUCACGGUAGACGACAAGGGCAAUAUUAUUCCUGGCGUUGAAUUAAGUCAAUGGAUCGGUCUUAAAGAACCCAAGCCAAAAGAAACAAAAGCACAAGAACAACAUCAGAAUCGACAAGCAUACCAUCAACAUUACCUUGCUGUAGAAUAAAAAGGAAAAGAUUCAAUGACCGCAUCUAUCUUUUUUUUUUUGUCUUUUUUUUUUUUUUUUU